UCCGCCGGGCGCUUGGGGUAAGGUAGGCAGAAGCCGGUCGGCACGCGGCUUGUGGAGCUGUUGCUGACGAACCGGCAUCAAACAGGACGGCAAUCGACAGUCCACCAUUGGCUUUUCAGUGUCACUGGAACAUGGUGAAAGAGGGAGGAGGGUGUCAGUCCUACCACUUCUGCCAUUGGUCAGUGCUUCUCUUCGAUAUCCAAGUAAGGUCUGGGGGUCUGUGGAGCAUAACAAGAAGAACGAUCUAGCAGGGCAGGAUACAGACUGAGCAGGAAAUAAAAAUCAAGACCAAGGCCCUACAUACCGGAAACCCAUAGUGGGGAGAGGACCCAAGACCAGAGGAAACUCUGGGACCAGAGCUAGUAAAUAAAACAAGUGGCAUCACAGGAAAAUUGUAUUGUUGAUUGUACUUCCACUAAUACAUACUGACCAACAGCCAUGCCUUCUGAUUUGGCCAAGAAAAAGGCAGCUAAGAAGAAGGAAGCAGCAAAAGCACGUCAACGUAAACCUAAGACCACAGAUGUACCUGAGGAAAAUGGUGACAUCGGUGUAGAGAGGGUGGAAAAUUCAGAAAGGCCGCAACUGAAUGGUUCUUCUGUUCAUGAUGCAGGAGUAGCACAAAUUACCAAUGAGCUUGAUGAUUUUGAGCUGAAGAAAGCAGCAGCACGAGCAGUCACAGGAGUACUGGCCUCGCAUCCCAACAGCACGGAUGUUCACAUCAUCAACCUGUCACUUACUUUCCACGGUCAGGAGCUACUAAGCGACACAAAACUUGAGCUAAAUUCUGGCCGGCGUUAUGGACUGAUUGGUCUCAAUGGAACUGGGAAAUCCAUGCUGCUGUCUGCUCUGGGCCACCGGGAAUUACCAAUACCAGAACACAUUGACAUUUACCAUCUUACACGGGAGAUGCCGCCUAGUGACAAAACACCACUCGACUGUGUGAUUGAGGUGGAUAGGGAACGUAUUGAGCUGGAGAAAGAAGCAGAACGUCUAGCCCACGAAGACUCGGAGUGUGAGAAACUUCUACAAAUCUAUGACCGUUUGGAGGAAUUGGAUGCAGACAAGGCAGAAGUGCGAGCAUCCCGGAUUCUCCACGGAUUGGGGUUCUCACCAGCCAUGCAGCGGAAGAUGAUGAAGGAUUUUAGUGGAGGCUGGAGGAUGAGAGUGGCCCUUGCAAGAGCAUUAUUUAUCAAACCCUUCAUGCUUUUGUUAGAUGAACCUACUAAUCACCUUGAUUUGGAUGCCUGUGUAUGGCUGGAAGAGGAAUUGAAAUCAUUCUCCCGGAUCCUUGUCCUUGUAUCUCAUUCCCAGGAUUUCUUGAAUGGAGUUUGCAACAAUAUCAUUCACAUGCACAACCGCAAACUGAAGUAUUAUACAGGUAACUACGACCAAUAUGUGAAGACCAGGCUGGAACUAGAGGAGAACCAGAUGAAGCGGUUCACCUGGGAACAAGAUCAGAUUACACACAUGAAGAACUACAUUGCCCGCUUUGGACAUGGCAGUGCCAAGUUAGCUCGACAAGCUCAGAGCAAAGAGAAGACGCUACAGAAGAUGAUGGCCUCUGGGCUGACGGAGAAAGUCAUCAGUGACAAGACAUUGUCAUUCUGCUUCCCAUCCUGUGGGAAGAUUCCUCCCCCUGUUAUAAUGGUACAGAAUGUGAGCUUCAAGUACACUAAGGAUGGGCCAUUAAUCUAUCGAAAUUUGGAGUUUGGCAUAGAUUUGGACACCAGAGUGGCCCUGGUUGGGCCGAAUGGAGCUGGAAAAUCUACAUUACUGAAAUUGCUGGCAGGUGAUCUCCUGCCUUGUGAUGGAAUGGUUCGAAAACACUCACAUGUCAAGAUUGGACGAUACCAUCAGCACUUGCAAGAUCAAUUAGAGCUGGACCUGUCCCCUUUGGAAUACAUGAUGAAAUGCUAUCCAGAGAUCAAGGAGAAGGAGGAAAUGAGAAAGAUUAUUGGGCGUUAUGGACUUUCAGGAAAACAGCAGGUAAGCCCAAUCCGGAAUCUCUCUGAUGGACAGAAAUGCCGUGUGUGCUUUGCCUGGUUGGCUUGGCAAACACCACACAUGCUCUUCCUCGAUGAACCUACAAACCAUCUGGACAUUGAAACCAUCGAUGCCCUGGCUGAUGCUAUCAAUGAGUUUGAGGGUGGAAUGAUGCUCGUCAGCCACGACUUCAGGCUCAUUCAACAGGUUGCUCAGGAGAUCUGGGUGUGUGAGAAGCAGACCAUCUCCAAGUGGCAAGGGGACAUUUUGUCAUACAAGGAACAUUUGAAGUCAAAGAUGCUUGGUGACAACCCUCAGAACAGCAAGAAAACUCCCAGUGUCUGAAGUAUUCUUAGUAACUUGGCAUCAUUGUUAAAAGAAAUUCCAAGAACAUUAAAGAUCAUCUUUUUAGAAUCCAGGCGGCUCGACAUGGCAGUAUGGGUGUGGCUGAAUUUUAAGCAUGCUAGAUAAUUUAAAAAUCAAAUUCAAAAAAAUAAAUUGCUGUUCAUGUAUUAGGUUCCUGAUCCUAGAGGCUGUAGUUUUCACCUGGUUGGGAAUAGCAGGUAGGUGUUUUUAAAACUAAAACACAGCCCAAUGCUUGCUGUCAUCCUCCAGCUAAAUAUUGGGGGAUUUGUCUUCUUGGAGCUUAACCCUGGUGAGGUAGGUGCUGCCUAUCUCAUCUUUUGUCUUGCUGCAACAGCACCGCCUUUAUAAAACUCUGACCCACCUAAAAUAACUGUUGUCCUGCAUGAGCUGUCAUCCUCUGCUCCAUUACUAAUAUUUACUCGGGGUUUUGCCCAUAGCCAUAACUGAGCCUGUCUCCAGGCUUGCUCCCAUUCAUAAAAGGUUACCAGAGGUGCUCUAAGCUGAGAUGUUGUAAAAGCCGGGCUACUUUGUGUUCCUGUCAUAAACUUGUAGUCUCUUCAGGACUUGGUAACCAGGCAGAGUUGCAGUAGUCUGCCAAGAAACACAGCAUCUUUUCUCUGUGCUGGCUCCUGCCACAGCAGCUCUUUGCAUAUGCCAUUGGAGCCCAGGUGGGGAGCUGUGCUUGCUCGAAUGUCUGCUGCAGGGGUUGGGUGUAAGGUGUUACAUAUGUUUUGAAGACAACAAUUGCUCUGUGUGGCUAAUGCAUACAGUUAAACCAUAUUUCCCAUCUACUUAUUAUUUUAUGUUCUGUUUUUCUUGUUCAAAUUGCAGGUCAAACUAAAAUUUAUCCAUCUACAGAUGGUGGUGCUGAUUAAAGCCCAGACUAAUGUUAUAAAUAUUGAUUUUUUUUUUUUCAUUUUGCAUUGAUACUUGCUGUGUUGUUGGAACAUCUUCUCCAACAGCUUGAAUGUAAGACUCCUGAGAGAAGGUCUAGGAAAGAGCCUGGAACUUUGUUUGUUUUAUUUAUUUUGUGUAUUAUGCACUGAGAGCCUUCACUGUAAUCCUGGCCUCUCUGGCUGACAGAGUGAAGUGCUGUUGUUGUGUAACCUUCCAAUGAUGAAUCUGUUGUCUGUUUGUAAUCUACUUGUCCUUUCAUUGCAACAUGUGAAGGAAUCAGUUGUUUUUGAAGACUUGCAAAGUUUAAAUCCAAAUUGCAGUCUGUCCCUGAAGAGAGUAUUAACGUUCACAGGAUUCCUUCCCCUUCCAAAAGGGAGUAAUCGAAUUGAUUCAGUAACUUGGUGUUGCCUGUUAGAGAACCACAAUACUUAGGGACUUGUCUUGAUGCUGACAGUACCUUCUGUUCAAUUUGAUUUUCUCGAUUCUGUGCAUGUUGACCUGAGGCACUAAGUCCCCAUUCGACUUAUUACUGAGAGUGAGCUGCUAGUCCAGUGUUUGGUGUUCAUCUGCAAGACUGCACCAGCAUUGCCUGUAAACCUGCUCCAGGCUGGGGAGCAGAGGGAUCUUGGUGACCUAAUUCCAGUUUUUAGUACUAUUUGAGAGGCUAUGGUCUCCAGUGGCAGACUGGUGUAAGAAUAGAGAAGGUGAAAGUGUGGGGUGUCUUUCAUAGGUUAUUCUAAACAAGAGACUGAAUUUACUUACUUUCCCCCUUCUUAGAUGUUAUAUGUAGCCUUGACCCCUCCGAAGUUGGUUCUUAAAAAUAUAAACAGCGAUCAAAUUUAGCUCCGACAGAUAAGCAAUCAUUCUGAGUGAAUGGUGUGCUGAGAGAGAUGUGGGUAAUUGUGAAACCCAUCUCUUCAUCUUGGAUUUCAAAGUUUGUUUUAAAGGUAUUGAAAUUUCUUCACUUGAGUGAUGGAGUUUCCAUAUUAUUCAACUUUAAAAGGCACUGUUAUGACCAUAUUUCUCAAAAAUUUGAACACUUGGCAAUUUGAGACUUUCAGAUGCUUUCCCUUACUAGGCAGGUGCUUUGGAAUCUUGACAGUUAAUUGCAGAAUUCACAGCCAGAAAGUCUCUGUCAAGUUUUCCCUUCCGAUCUUUUGUAGACAUGCUCACGCACUGUGGUCCAUAAGGUACCAUUUUGCUUUUCUUCCUCUUCCCACCUGACCCCAACUCGCAUUUUAACUCCCUAGUUAGAGGUGUGGGGCAGCAUUCCCUGUAGUCAAGUGCAGUGCACCCCUGCACUUACUCCCACCAUUGACACAUCAGUACUGUACUCCAGUGUUACUGGCAGAUCUAUGCCCCUAGUAAUACACUUUAAUUAAUUAUAGGCCUGUUUGGAAGGAGAGAAUUAUAUUUGGUAGCGGCGGACAUAGCAUAUCAACUUACCUUUUAUUGGAAUUGCUUGAUUUCUUUGCAAUGUCACAAUUCGUUCAAUUUCAUUUUGAAAAAUAAAUUGCAACUUUUGAAUACCGAAGAUUAAAAUUCACCUGAUCAUCCGGA